UUGCAAUCGUUAAGGUGUAGUGUUUUACCAAAUUGUGCAAUUUUCUGCUGAAGUUCAUAAUCUUAAAUUGUUAUCCGCCAUAUGGAAAAAAAAAUGUUAUCAAAACCACCGGAUGUCGGUGAAUCACCCAUCAAUAUACACCGCCAACUAAACACUUAUAUACAAGAACAAAGAAACAUCGGUAACAACAUUGUGGACCUUGAUUGUGUCUUCGAAAAGCUCAUAGAUGAUAAUCGUAAAAAUGAAGAGAUAUUAAAUCAGGUGCUGCACUGCCUUUACCGAAUUCUUCAAAACUAUUCAUCUAUUAAGUGGAGUAUUGGUCCAAAAGUUUUUUUGAUAAUCAAGAGUUUGAUCACUGUGGAUGGGCCAACAAGAAAUAGACAAGAGCUUGCUAACAUACUAGAAUGCAUAUCCAUGUAUAUACAAAUACAUAUACAUGUAUAUACAUACAUUCACGAUAUCUGGUCAUGUUGUUUUAAACCCUCACAUAAGCCAAUAAUGGGCCAACUAGUUGUUCAACUGUGGGAACAUUUUUAUAAUUUAAGUUGUAUUGGAAAAUAUUCCAAUCUACCAAAACUUUUACAAAUAUUGCUGCAGUCCGAUGUGCAAGAUGACCGCCUGGCAGCGUACUGCUUGAUGAAAAAGCUAUUACCAUUUGAAUGUAACAUAAUGCUCAGUAAAUACCGUGACCACCCACAAUGGAGAAAACAUUGCACCGACUAUAUCAAUGUCAUGGAGAAGCUUGAGAUGCAAGACCUUGACAAAGUACCCCGUACCUUACAAAUUAUAUUGCCAUGCAUUAUGGACGAACGCAUUGAUUACCAUAAAUUAUUCGUAAAUCUGUUAUCAGAUGAGAGUAACAUUUUGGUGUUGCGUUGCACACUGGAAUUUAUUAUUUCAUAUCUUACAAUGGCAAAGCUAAAUGAGUUUAAUGUGCUGCACCAGUUCCUUAUGGCCACUAAUAAAACCUCACUGUACGAUCGUGAAGCAUACAUAUUGCCAGAAGUGCAAAUAGAACGAUUUUUAACCAAGAAUGAGUGUUCUGUGUUUCUUGAGGCCCUGGCUGAACUAUCUUGGGAACCCGUGCCUUUGCACUAUUGGCUGGACAAACUGAAAAAUUAUAGAGUUAAAACAAUAGAUACAAGAGCCCUACUUAAAAUUUCCACAUGCGUAUAUAACAUCGAAAAUGAUAUUUUACGAACGCGGACUCGAGAACAUUUGCUCAAAAUCUGUGAGGAAGUCUCUGAAAACUUGUCCCUUGAGGAGUAUUUACGUUUUAUUGAAAAUCUUUAUCAUGCACACGAGUACUACGAUACACAUCUCUUGGCAUCAAAAGUAGAAACUUGCAUUAGGAAGAACCAUGAAAUUCCCGAAUUGAGUAAACGCUGUUAUGAGGUCAUAAACGAUGAUUUAAUUCAAUACCCCACAGUCGUGUAUACUCUUCUCAAAUACUUUGAGAAAAAACCGGUAGCGAAUCUUGGAUGGUGGCGCUUUCUUUUCACUUUCCGUGUUAACUUUUAUAGUUCAAAUAAAUUAAAUAAAACCUGUUGCAAUUUCAUACGCAACGCGUACGGUCUGGACAUAAAACUGUUGCUGAGGAACUGCGGGGACGUGCAUAAGUUGCAACAGGAUGUGGUAUCCAAGCUUAGGUGCGUCAGUGAAGAGGAAAAAUUGUUUGUGCAACAAAGCACCGUCGAUUUAUUGGUAACCAAUACACCAUUGGAUGCGUUGCCAUUAAAGCCCUUAGAGCUUCUUAGCAUGGGUGGACCAAUUACUUUUGCGAAUUUAGCAAGGUAUAUGCGUAUGAUUCAACCACAUUUCUGUGAUCACAAUUUUAUGGCUAAAUUUAAUGAGCACUUAAAAAGUUACUAUCCAACGAAUUGCAUACCACACCGGAUGUUUCAACCAGUAGCAAAUUUAGUACAUUGGUACAUAGAAAACCACAACGACCAAAUGGAAAUAAAAAAAUUAAUUCAGGAUUUUAAUCAAACAAAUUUGCGUAAUUACAUAUUUCGCAACAUUUCACAAAUUAAGCCAUCCGUUGAAGAACUUCUUUUUAGUGUGCCUACCACUAAGAGCUCCCGCAUUGAGGACUCGUUUAUUUUAACCGAACGAAGUAUUUAUGAUCGAGACGCCUAUGUUGGAGAAUUUUCGGACGUAAACAAUCUUUUAUCCAUGAAUAAUGAGCUAUCGGAAAAAAAAACCCCCUACACCGAAUACUCGGAAACACAUAGAACAAAAAUACGAAUUAUUAGAAGCAUUUGGAAAUUAGCUAAUAGCCUAAAUUAUAAUAUAAAAGUGGACCAGUUAGACCAGUGGUGGACUGCAUUAUUCGAGCCAAAUGAUCUCCAUAAUGUUAAAAAUAUGUACGAGUGCCUUGUCGGCAAUCUGAUGAUUAAUGUUAAGCCCUUAUGGGAUCGGUUGAGGGCCACAUCCGAUUCUAAACAACAACUAUCACUCAUUUCUGUUAUUCAUAUUUACUACUCCAGAAGUAUUUGCUUUGCGGACUUAAUGGAUGUUAUAAUUCUACUAAGAGAGCUGACAAAAGAUGCAAUUUAUCAAGUACGUCUAUUUGCACAGGAAGUUAUAGAUAAGCUCAUGAAAAAUACUAAACAUUUCUCUGAAGACCUAAAAUCUAAAGCAAAAGCUCUCUGGAUGAAAGAAGAGCACAGACUUGACGCUACACAACUUGAUUUUGAAAAUAAAAUUCGCUUACUACUGCCAGAACUAAAUCCCUAUUUUACCCGCGUCGAUUGGCUAUUGUAUGUUACCAAUGCGCCAUUUGAUGAAUAUGAUGGUCGUUUUCUGAGAGAUUCCCACAUGGGAGAUUGGAGAAAGAAAUUGGAUAUGUUGCGCGAUGAGUUCAACGCAAUAUCCACAAAACCAGCAUAUAUAUGCGAUAUAUAUCCCGUGUGUAAUUUCAAGAACGAACUAAUAGUUGUGGCCUCAUUUCCUAAUCAAUAUUCUAGCUUGGAUGGCUUAGUACGUACUUGUGAAGUUUUCAGGGUUCAAACGUUGGUUAUUUUCUUCAAUGAAGCUGAUGAAAAUUGUACUUCAAGCAAACCAAGCUUGGAAAUUGGAAGUAUUCUUAAUAUUAUUGAGAUGAAGAAAGACGGCCUUUCGGAAUAUUUGCUUGAGAAACGUGCCGAGGGAUACAAGAUUGUAUCAAACGAACACUCCAUCGACAGCACCGGCCUGCUUGGUUUUAAAUUUCCCAGAAAGUGCGUCUUGCAAUUGGGAUAUAAAAACCAUGGAAUAAUAGUGGAUGGAGUUAAAAUUUCCGAUUAUGCCGUGGGAAUAUCCCAAUGUGAAGAGAUAAGCGCUCUAAACAUGAAUGAGAGGGGCUCACUUUUUAUAUGGGAAUAUUGCAGACAGCAUAUUCCAGCUCUGUAAUUGCCUUAUCAAUAACAUAUAACAUAUAUAAAGCAACAAAGCAAAAAAUUGCUUAAAUAAAAACUUCAUUGGAAGACAAAA